UGUAAAGUUGUGAGGUGGUUUACUAAGAUAGUAUAUCUUUUAAGUUUUAUUCUGAAGUAAAUCUGAACACUAACAGCACAGCAGCAAAAGUGAACCGAUAUGUUAAUUGUACAUCUACGUAAACCACAAAAAUGAAUGACGGCUACUGAUUAUAUAUGUACUGUAGUCUGUACUACCACUACCAGACUAAUGAAUAUGGACAGUAAAGAAAGUGUUGAAGAGCAUGGUUUUGAGCCUAACAUUGGCAGUGAAAGCAUUUUAAAUGUAACUUCAGAGAGUCAAGAAGAACAAAAAGACAGUACCAAAGAUAACAAUCAAUCUUCUGAGGAAAGAAUCUCUCCUGAACCAAGCUGUGCCAUAUGUUUGGGGAAACCUGAGAACAAAUCUUUCACAGACAGUUGCUUCCAUACGUUUUGCUUUGCUUGUUUAGUAGAGUGGUCAAAAAUCAAAGCUGAAUGUCCACUUUGUAAGCAAUCAUUUCGUAGUAUUAUUCACAAUGUUCGUUCUCUGGAAGAUUACGAUCAAUACCUGAUCAAUGUGCAGAAUGUGCCAAGUAAUCUCCCUUCUGAUAAUUCCAGUAGACGGUUUCGUUACUCAUCUACCCUAACAGUAGAAAGAAGACAGCAGAUACAUUUUGAAAGAAGCCUUGAAUUUCACAAUUAUCGAUCUACCUAUGCUCCUCAUGUAACACCUCAGUCAGUGAGGAGAAACAGGGGACAUCAUAUUUCUACAAGUAAUUUCAGACGUCAUGUUUAUGAAAGUGGACUGUGGGUGCAGCCUCUUGUUGAUGGACAAACAGGACGUUUCCGAGACACUUCACCUGAAUUCUAUAGGCAGAAUCCUGCAUGUACGCACCGACUUAUACCAUGGCUGAAUAGAGAAUUGUUGGCUUUGCUAGGUGACGGUGGUGAAAGUCAAUUGGCUUUCCUUCUGGAAUUAAUUCUAGCAUUAAUUAUGCGCUAUGACAUCAGAAGUCCAGAAUUUUUUGAACAUGUGCAUCCUUUUUUCAGAGAUCAUACAAAUCAUUUUGUACAUGAAUUUUUUAACUUUGCUCGAUCUCCUUAUGACCUUGUCACCUUUGAUCGUAGAGCUGUUUAUGAUAUAACUGAACCAAGAAAGGAAAAGGAUAGUGAAAGUGACAGCUCUGAAUCUGACAUUGAUGUUGUCAGCAUUAAUCCACAGGAGAGCAAACCUUUCUUUCCAACAUCAAUUAGAAAUGGGACCUCUGAAUCAUUUUCAAAUCAAAAUUUUCAUAGUGAUCCAUUAGCAGUUGGAAAUGUCCCAGGUGUGUCAUCACUUGGUAGUUUUUAUAUGCAAGCUACUGCUAAUUCCAGCCAAACUCUCAACCACAUGGAAGCAAAUAAGGUCCAAGUUAUAGAGGAUUCUGACAGUAGUUCUGACUGUGUUGUUGUUGCUUAUAUUAAGCCAAAAGUAGAAAGGACUCCUGAACUUGUUGAUAUAGCUUCAACUUCGGGUGAUGAACAAGACCUUAAAAGUAAGUUUUUGAAAGAUAUUAGUCUAGAAAAUAGCAGAAGCACUGGUCAAAAUUCACCUAAAGAGAAACCUAAAAGUUACAAAAGUAGUAGAAGUAGGAGAUCUAGGUCAUACAGAAAGUCUCGCAGAAGAAAUGGUCGACAUUCAUCUUCUUCUUCUAGGAAAAGUUCAUUGUAUCGAAGUAGCAGUUCUGAAAUUUCCUCACGUAGAUGGAACUCGUCAAGGCAUAACACAUGUGGAUCAUCAACUCAAUCUCCCACGCCUAGUUUAGGUAGGCAUUUUCGUGGAAGAUCAAGAAGUGAGCACUCUCUUUCUCCAAAGAAAGUAACUGCUGGUGAUUCGGAAAAUUCUGGUACCUAUUCACUUUCUUUUCGUAAAAAAGGAGAACAGAGAUUGAAAAGUCUCGUGAUUAGUGUAAGAAAGAACGACUCCUAUUCAGGAGAGCAUAAAGGGAAACAUUACAGAUCUAAGCAUAAACGAAAGCACAAGAAAUCAAAAAAACAUAAAUUUCGUGACCAUCAUUACCACCAGUAUUCUUCAAGUUCAUACAGCGAUUAAAAUUUGGUCUUAAAAUAUUCCUCACCUUGCUAGGUUCAUAGGAUUAAAACUAACUGGUAGUUGGCAUUAUUAAAGUUUUCACUGAAAUUGAAAAGUGUACAUGCAUGUCAAGGUAAGUUCACUGCUGUGGUUCAUGUACUUCAAAAUAACAUAAAAAACUGAUGUUACUGUGAAAGGCUGUAUUACAUCUCUUUGAAUGCAGUCUGAAAAAACCAUCUACAAAUGGUUUUACCAUUAAUAUAAAUUGCAUUGAUAGCUAUCAUUAAACAAUUGGAUUUCAUUCAAUGUUGAUAUCAAACCAAAGUAAUCUAUUGUGGUAUAGAAAAAGAGGAAGAAAUUCAAAGAAUUAUGGUUUGAUUGAUUAAAAACAAAUGUUUAAGUAUUUCAUUAGCAUUGAAUCUGUAUAUAUAUAUAUAUAUAUAUAUCUGAGCAUUUGUGUAACAUUUAUGUGAAAACAGUCCUGUAUAUUGUCUGUGAUUGUGUUGUGUGUUGAUGAUGAUGUAUGUAUUGUAUUUUAAAUUAAUCAACAUGUUGUAGGUUAUUCAUUUUUUUAUGUACUUUUUAUUUUAUGAAUAUAUAUAUAGCUGAAAUAAACCAAUUGAUGUAUGUGGAAUAUGUAAUAUGGAUUAAAUUUAUUCAUCACGAUUAAAUGUUAAUAUAAUUAUUGUUAUUUUUAAGUAGCACAUAAUGUAUAUAGACAUGUAUUCCUACUAAGUGUAUUUUUACUAGUUAUAACACUGCUCUUGAUAACUUGUAUUAACCCUAGUAUGUUUGUCACAAAUGUUAAAGGAUAUAGAAUGCCUUUUUUAUUACUAAUUUCUAUUACAUAUGUCUUACUAAGUUACAAAAUGCAAUAUAGUUUGGGUUGUUUGACAAUGUAAUUAUUAAAUGUGGUUGAUUUUCUCAGGAUAUAACUUGUACACCCCGGCUGUAUGUGGAAGAGGUAUAGGUAGACUUAACUAGAAAAGCUUUGUUUUGUGUAUUGUAAUUGGAAAUAGCUUUUAGGGAUCAAAAAUUAUAUUUUUUAACAGGUUUAGUGGUUAUAACUUAAAUAUGUACAUCAUAUAUUUUGAUGCAAUGUUGAAUUAAACUUUAUUGCAUUUACAUUCCAAAAUAUUUUUAACCAACUUUUCUUAACACUACAUGGUGUAACACCACGUGACUGCCCUUGAAGACCUUAAAGCUUGUCUUUUGUUUUCCUGUUAAAGUUAAGUAUGUGACUGUUUGUGACAAAUAUUUUUCUUCUACAGUUUAGGAACCUCUGUUGAAGUUCUUUGUAUUAUUUCUUCUAAUGGUUAUUAAUGUUUUAGUAAUUUUACAAAAAUUGGGCUUUUUUUUUUAACCUCUGUUAAAAAGGUAGGUCCAUAUAAUUGGUGGUACUAUCAUUACAGCUCUUUUAUUAGUAUACUGACCAUUAUGACAUACAUUAUAACUUACAUUUAUAACUUAAAUUUCUAUUUGAAAUAAUCUAUGAUAUAUAGUACAGUAUCCACAAAAUGAUCAGUACCAGUAACUUUUUCAUUCAGGAUGACAUAAUCUAGUGAUUAGCAUACCUGACUAUGGAUCCAAGGAUCAGUAGUUUGGAUCCCAUUACUGGGAAAUUACAUUCUGCAGUUUGGAGGUACUUGUAGAUUGAGGGUCAAAUCCCACUAUGCUAUUAGAGUAGCCCAAAAGUUGGCAGUGGAUGCUGUUGACUAGCUGUCUUCCCUUUGGCUUAUCAUUUAUAUUAGGGUCAGAUAGUUCUUGUAUAACUUUGCAUAGAUAUCCAAAACUAAUAAUCAGUCACUUGUUUACCAAUCAAUAAACUUUAAUUUGUGUUACAUACACUUAAGGUAUUGUGUGUGUGUAGAAGUGUACAUGUACAUAGAUGUUAUCAGUCACUAAAAUAGAUAUGUGGUGUGGGUGGAACCUCAAUUUAACUCUCUCCCUUUUAUUAUAUAUAUAUAUAUAACUGUCAUGUUUAUAGAUAAACAACUCUCCCAGUGCCAGGAUUGUUUUUAGAUGCACAAUAAAAACACACCAAGAUACACGUUUUAAUAUGUCAUUAUUUAUUUUAAACUUUAAAUUUGUAAACUUUGGAUAGUUUUAAAAGAAAUACCUUUUCUUCAUGGUGGUACAAAUUUCCAAUAAUAUUGCAGUUUUCAAAGGUAAAAUAAAGGUUAUUUAGUGUGUCCCAUGUAUGUGCCUUGGCAGUGAAAAAGUUAGAGCAAGAAAAAAGAACACUUAAUAAAAAAACGUAACUUAAGUACGAUGUUUCUUUUUAACUUUCAAAAUUAUUACCAUAUUACACAUUCUAAAUAAUUUCAGAAAGUUCAUUUUCAGUGAAAUGGCUCUCAAGGUUCAAGGCAAUGCAUCAUCAGAGUUCUAAAUGAAGAAAAUAAUAGUAUUUGUCCUAUACAUGUACAAAACAUAAUAACAUUAGUUACGUAUAGCAAGAGGUAUGUGUAUAAGUUAUUAAAACAUGUAAUCACACAACUACAGAUGGUAUCAGUAAAAUAAAAAGUCCAUAGAAAAUUGUAUUAAGCAACACAUGUUUAGGGGUCAUCAUACUGAGUGUUCAUAAGUGGUCAGUGAGUCUUUUAUGAGCCUCUUAUACAUGACACUCCUGUGUGUGUGUGUGUUGUGUUUUUUCUCACGUGUUUUCUUUAAGCCAGGAUUAACUAUUAUGUUACCCAUCGUACUUCCGAAGAUUUGUCAUUGUUGUAAAAGAUGUAAGAUUUUGUGUAGUUGUAGUUAACUAAAUAUUUCAUUCACACAGUUUUAUGAUUUUGGCACUGAUUGUUUCUUCAUCAAGUACCUGCUACUAUUUUUUUUUUUUUAUACUCCUUUAGUAAGAUUUUAUUUGGAAGAAUGUAAAUAUAAUUGUAAAGGUAUGGAUAUUAAAAGAUUUUUCCAAUGUGUUCAUAAAUUAAGGGUCUGUUUUUAUUUUUCGGUAAAAAUUUUAAUGAGACUUAUUUACUAGAAUUUUAAAUCAUUUCUGAAGCAUAUAUUCUCAAAACUAAAAAAAAAAAAAUCAUAUUCCAGUAGCACUGAUGUUUCAUCUGGAAACCAGUAGACACCAUGUUCAUUUUUUGGAAUCCAAACAUGUUGGAAAUAUGAUUUAAGUGUGAGAAUUUUUUGUCAGGACAAGUUUAUCAACUGGGAAGGAAUUCAAUAAUUUUUUUUUUUUAAGUGAAAUAAAAUCAUAUCUUGAAUAAUAAAAGAAUUAGUAUAUGCUUAGAUUCAAUGUCUUGGAAGUUUAUAUUGUUUUAACCACCAAAUUAAUGAAUAAUAUUUACAAGAUAAA